UGAAGGUUUGCCGCUCCCAGUCCGCAGUCCGGUGUGGACAAAGUCGGGGGCAGCUCCUGACUUUGCGCUCUCCAGAUCGCCAAGGACCCAGGACGGCCACCAUGGCCAAAUUGCUACAAGCCCCUCCCAAGUUCCUGUCUUCCGAGUGGCACAUCGCCAACAAGAGCCAGCUGAACAGCGUGGAGGCCCAGCGGGCGCAGUCCCAGCGCCUUGUGGCCGAGAGCCAGAGGCUGGUGGACGAGAUUGAGAAGACCACGCAGAGAACACAGAGCGCCGUCAAGAAGAAGAUCGAACAGAGACUCGAUGAGAUAAAGUUCUGGAAGAAGGAGUUGAGUAAUAAACUCGAGGAGCUUGUAAAGGAGACCGACGUGCUCCUCACCUUUAAGACAAGAUUGGAGAAGGCCCUGGAGAGCUACCAAGAGCCCUUAGACAUUGCCCGGAAAUGUCUGAUGUACAGGGAGCAGCGGGUUGGGAUUGACCUAGUCCAUGAUGCUGCUGACCUGGAGCUGACCAAGGAGGUGGAGGUCUUGCAGGGGGUCAUUUCCCUGCUCCAGCGCACCCUGGAAGAGAUCUCAGAGCAGCUCCGGUUGAACCGAGCCGCUAAAUACCACCUGGAGAAGGAUCUGAAGGACAAAUUUGCCGCCCUGACGGUGGAUGACUUCUGCUCGUCGCUCACCAAUAACAACCCCGACAUCUACUACUCCGAUGAUGUCAAAAUCGAGCCCAACUCGGUGGAGUUGGACGACUGGAUAGAUUUCUCCAACAUUAACGUGGAGACGGCCGACAAGCAGAGGAACAACACGCUGGCGCUGGAGGCCCUGAUCAACCGCAUCCUGUCCCAGACGGCUGGCGACCUGCGCAAGCAGAACGAGGCCGUGACCCUCGCCCUGCAGAAUGGGAUUCGGGAGACCAAGGAGGCCAAGGAGAGGCUGACCGGGCACCUUGCCAAGGUGAUGGAUGAGAUUGGGGCCCAGGAAAAGAACAUUGAGAUUCUGCAAAAAGCUGUCUUUGACAAGGAGGGCCCGGCCAAGCUGGCUCAGACGCGGCUGCAGUCCCGGAACCAGCGGCCCAACGUGGAGCUGUGCAGGGACAAGGUGCAGAGCCAGCUGAUGAAGGAGGUGCAGGAGAUCACCAACAACAUCGACAGACUCAAGUGCAUGAUGAGCCAGGCGGAGGUGGAGCUGAAGGGCCUGAGCCGCCGCCAGCUGGCCCUGCAGGAGGAGAUCCGGGUGAAGGAGAACACCAUCUACAUCAACGAGGUCCUGUGCCUGCAGAUGCGGAAGAGCAUCAUCUAUCACAGCUUCUGAGCCUGCCCCUCGUCAGAGAUUUCAGAUUUUCAAUAAAGAAGCUCCUUAACUGUG